AUGGCGGCAGCCGAACCACUCCGCCUCACCGUCGCACGCUGCGCGCUCGAUUCUGCCGUCAUAUGCACUACCGUCGCCACGGAUGAGCUCCAGCUCGCGGUCGACCUCGGCCGCACCGCGCGUGCGGCAGGCUUUGGUUGCAUUGCGGUGCUCCCCUUUGACGCUGUCGCCGCCGACGGUCUGGACGCGAGCGACCGUGGCCUGCUGGCGCUGCUGCCGCCACCCACUCCGCCGCUGCUACCACGUCCGCAGUUCUGCGGCAAGCAGUACCUCUCUCGCCGGCGGCAGUUCCACCGGAUGCGGCUGUGGAGGAUGCUGCUCGAGGCGGGCUUCCACGUGCUCGGUGUCGAUCCGAUGCUGCGGCUCGACCGCAACCCGCUGCCCGCGCUGGGUGUGCUGCGCGUGCGGGCGGACGGGCUGCAGGUGGCGGGCGAGGCGUAUCUCGGUGCGGGCUCAUCGCCCGACGUGGUGGGAGGGACGCCCGGCUUCUCGCUCAAGCAAAUCUACACCUACUGCGUCUGGCUGCGCUCGACGCCCGCGACGAGGCUGCUGCUGGCGCAGGCCGAGGCUCGCACCUUUGGAGGGCAGGACGCGCAGGUGCUUAGCGAGGAGCUAAACUGGGGCGCCGGAGCCAACGCCAGCUGCUGCCACUCCAACUGCCUCGCCAAGCAGUUCUCUGUCGCCAAGCCGCCGCCCGCGCCCGCCCGCCCAUGCGCCUCGCAGGCCGAGUUGCCUCUCGCGCCUCCGCCUCCCAACCGCACGCGCAACACGUGGCCGCCUCCCGGCACGGCCAAGGCAUGGAAGCCGGCCGCGUACAACGCGCUCCCGAUGGCGGCGCACCACUUUGGGCGCUGCACCGGCCGGGACGUGGCGUGCUCAGGCCUGCACGAGACCUGCCCUCCGCCACCGCCGCCCUACACGCGGCAAGCCGCACUGGCGGAGAGCAGGAGGAAGCGGGGCGGUGCAAAAAAGAAGAAGGUGGGUCAAACGUGA